UUGUCACACACUGAUAAAACGAAAUAUGAAAGAGAACCAAUUAUUGACUGAAUCGCAAGAUUUCUCAGACAAACCGGCAAAUAUGGAUCUUGCUAUUAAUCUAGAAAGACAGAGAUUUCCAUUUUGUAUAGUUUGGACACCGCUACCGGUUUUGACGUAUCUAUUACCGUUCAUCGGUCACAUGGGCAUCGCCACUUCUAGCGGCGUGAUACGGGACUUUGCUGGUCCAUAUCAUGUUUCCGAGGAUAAUAUGACGUUUGGAAAACCUACCAAAUACUGGCAAUUGAACUAUACUAAAGCCAAAGGAGGCGUACAAGGGUGGGAUUCCGCUGUCACAGAAGCCAGUGAAAUUUAUAAAACUAGGAUGCACAAUAUAUGCUGCGACAACUGUCAUUCUCAUGUAGCUAGAGCAUUGAAUUUAAUGUCAUACGAUAACUCGAACAGUUGGAAUAUGGUAAAGCUGGCGUUUCUUAUGCUCGUGCACGGGAAAUACGUGAGUUUUCUAGGUUUCCUUAAAACUUGGAUGCCAUUCUGUCUUCUCGUCGCUAUCGUGACUCUGUUCUGCCUGUUUCUUCCAUAAACCAGAGUCGUUGGAUCUCUGCAACUUGGACGGUGCACGUCUUGUACGUCUUGCCAUUGUCCUUCUUCGGAUUAUGUUUGACGAGUGUAACGUGUUGCCAAUUCGGUCGAGAGCCUUAUCUCGAUGAAUGAAUCUCGGUCUCAUUUGCGAAUUCAACGUUUAUUCAAAACACACAUGGAUGCUUUAAAAUUACA